GCGUGCACGCUCCGGCUACAAUGGACAUCAUAUCCUUUUGCGAAGGCGGCGCGGGAAAGCGCCUUCCAAUCAAGGGCCGAGCGGCCGGCUGAUUUCGGUGCCUUCUGAGCAUUUGUGGAAGAUUUUCCCGGGGCGGGGGCCGAGCAGGUUGGAAAUUGGAAUGUGAAAUCUGGCAGCGGGAGAUUCGGGUGCUCAUUGGGACGCGGGAACGGCCGCGAAAAAGGCGGCCUUCUCCCUUUCGGCGUGCUGCACUUUUCCCGUCAAUGAAAUGCGCUUGGGUCUCCAGGUUGAAAAUGAGCCUGCAAGCGCACAACGUGACGUUGUUCAACGCUUCGCGGGAGGAGGCGGCGGCGACGGCGGAGGAGGAGGAGGAGGCGGACGUCCUCGGCGCCGGGAACAAGGUGACCUACGUGGGCUUCUACCUGCACCGCCCGUCCACGGCGGCCGUCUUCGUCGUGUCCUACCUGCUCAUCUUCCUGGUGUGCCUGGCGGGCAACGGCGCCGUGUGUUUCGUCGUGCUGCGCGGCCGCAGGAUGCGCAGCGUCACCAACGUCUUCAUCCUCAACCUGGCCGUCAGUGACCUCCUGGUGGGCAUUUUCUGCAUGCCCACCACACUGUUGGAUAACAUCAUCACAGGGUGGCCCUUUGGAAGCCUGGCGUGCAAGCUGAGCGGCACGGUGCAAGGCAUCUCCGUGUCGGCGUCCGUCUUCACCCUGGUGGCUAUCGCCGUGGACAGAUUCCGAUGCAUCGUCUACCCGUUCAAGCAGAAGCUGAGCAUCUCCGCCGCCGCCGCGAUCAUCGUCACCAUCUGGGUCCUGGCCGUGGCCAUCAUGUGUCCGUCGGGCGCCAUGCUGCAGGUGACGCGGGAGCAAAGCAUCCGAGUGGUGCUGGGCUCCGACAACCGAACGGCGCCUUUCUACUGGUGCCGGGAGAACUGGCCCAACCGGGAGAUGCGCAGGAUUUACACCACCGUGCUGUUCGCCAACAUCUACCUGGCCCCGCUGUCGCUCAUCGUCGUCAUGUACGCGCGCAUCGGCGUCACGCUCUUCAGGACCUCGGCGCCCGGGGGCGGCGGCGUCUCCAAGAAGAAGCGGCGGGUGAUCAAGAUGCUCCUGGUGGUGGCCUUGCUCUUCGUGCUGUCCUGGCUGCCCCUGUGGACCCUCAUGAUGCUGAGCGACUACGCCGGGCUCACGCCGCGGCAGCAGCGCGUGGUCAACAUCUACGCGUACCCCUUGGCCCACUGGCUGGCCUUUUUCAACAGCAGCGUCAACCCCGUCAUCUACGGCUUCUUCAACGAGAACUUCCGGGCGGCCUUCAGGUCGGGCCCGCGCGCGGCCGACGCCCGGCGGGGGAGAAGGUACUCGCGGCGGCCGCGGCCUGACUCGACGCCGCCGGCCGAUGAGGAUCCCGUCUCGCCCGACGGCCCGGAUCCCAGCGGCUGCGGGCGGGUGCGGCGGCUCGCGGAGCGGGACCUGGUCUUGGAGGACUUGGAGGAGAAGGGCUCCCGCAGUAGCGGCGGAGGAACGGCCGUGUCCAUUUGAGCCGCCGAUGGGCUUUGGCGCUUUUCUCUCACGACUUCUUCAGGAAACGGGGCCUCGCGGCCGCGCUUUCCUCGGGAAUCUUGGCUGUGGACCUCAACCCCCACCAAAUAAAUCGCGUGUCCAUUUCUAAAGAGCAAUCGUCAAGAUGCGCAAAGCGCUUUGCGGCUCGGAUUACGUGAAAAGCUACCGAAGCCACUUUUCCGUCACUUUGGCUUUUGGCGUGAGACAACGCUUUUGGGGUUGUUUUGCUGGUAGACUUGUAGAAAAAAGAACGGCAUGCCUUGGACUGAUUUACAGCACCGAUAUGCAGAAAGCUUGUGCCGCUACCUGCUUUUUAGCAGCUGCUAUGCGUGCUCACGCAAGCAUUGCUUGCUUUUAUCAUUCGUCAAAAGCUUUUUGAAUGACAUUUACUUGAAACGGACACAAAAAAAGCUCUCAUGUUGUAUCUGAUGGGUCAAAGUCCAACAAAAUCACGCCGUUUCAGAUCGCCAAUGCGAUACGCAUGGGCCACGGCAAUGAUAUUUUUUCGAUACACGGGGAUGCAUCUCUCUCUCUCUCUCUCUCUCUCUGUAUAUACGGCGUCGUUC